GUUUACACAGCUUGAUCUAUGACAAUAAAACUGAAUCCAUGAGAACAAUUAAUAUACUUGAAAGAAUGAAUGUUUAUCAAGAAGUAUUUCUCAGCAUGCUAUAUACAGUGCUUCAUUUGAAAAGAUUUUGAUGCUAACCUGUACUUGUGCGAAGAAGCCUUUGGUCUUUUGCCUUUUAAUACUUUUGCAAGACUAUCAAAUACACUCGUUUUGUACCCUUACUUAUUUGUCCUGUUGAUCACGGCCACAACAGCUGCUGUUGUCUCUUUUCAAAACCUUAGUGGCCGUGCGAGUAUCAAAUCCGCGGGAAAACAACCCACGUCCGCCACCGUGUUCAAACCUGCUAUGGCUUACCAUUUGGUCCACACCAUUUCAUUCGGGCUCCUGGCCUUAAGCACCAUGAGUUCCUUCCGGGAAUAAUGGCAGAGCUGUCAGAGCUGAGAGAAUUCUACGACCCGGACACGGUGGAGCUAAUGAACUGGAUUAAGUCCAACACUCCCAAGAAAGCAGUGAUUGCAGGAAGCAUGCAGCUCUUAGCAGGGGUUAAGCUUUGCACUGGAAGAAUUUUAACCAAUCACCCCCAUUAUGAAGACAAGAGCCUGCGAGAAAGAACAAAGCAGGUUUAUCAGGUGUAUGCCAAAAGAUCGCCCGAAGAUGUCCAUAGGAUCCUCAGAUCUUUUGGCACCGACUUUGUGAUCUUGGAGGACAGCAUUUGUUAUGAAAGACGGCAUAGCAGGGGUUGUCGGUUGCGUGACCUUCUGGAUAUUGCCAACGGCCACACUAUGGAUGGUCCUGGAGAAUACGAUCCUGAUCUCAAACCUUCACCGUCGCCUCGCUUCUGUGAGGAAAUCAAAAGAAAUCUGCCCUCCUACACAAUGUAUUUUACUAAAGUCUUUCACAACAAAACAUUCCAUGUUUACAAACUGGCUCGACAUCAAAACCACGCAUAGCUUUGCUAAAAAUGGCUCUUUUUUAAAAAGAAAAGAAAGGGAAAUUGUUUUAGGUCGGUUGAAAGUGUUUCAUUUUUAAUCCCUCGAUAAUUCAAGAACGCUUGGUUUCGUAACACUUUACAUGUGCCAUAAUGUAAGUUAUCAAAAACAGAGGCCAUAUAUACACGGAGAUCAUGAAAAGCAAAUUUUUCAUAACUUCUAUUCCAAUAUUUCAUGAUUUAAAAAAAAAAAAGAUCUAAAGAUGAGAAAGAGUCCCUUAUGCCACCCUCUACUCAUCUACAUCCUCUGCACCAAGGGUCUCUAUGGGUCUUCUCUUCCCAUUUAGUCUUUAGGGAAUUCUGCCAGAGUUUGGUAUACACAUGGGCCUUAUAAGUUGGAAAUCUUUUUGACAUUUUACCCUUCCCUAUCCUUGUUAAGGACUGACAACAGGAUGGGACUAUUUAGAACAGUGCUUCUCAGCCCUGGCAAAUUUUAAAUUGUGUAGAUUUCAACUUCCAGAAUUCCUCUGGCUGCCAGGGGAAUUCUGGGAGUUGAAGUCCACAUGUCUUAAAGUUGGCAAGGUUGGGAAAGGGCUGCAGUGGCUCAGAAGCUGAGCUUGCCAAUCAGAAGGCCAACAGUUCAGCGAUUCAAAUCCCUAGUGCCGCGUAACAAAGUGAGCUCC